CUCAGCUUAAUAAAGAUCAAUGGCGAAUUGUCCGUGUAAGCCGGUUGUUGUAGAGACUGAACCUAGUUUUGCUUGGACAGAGGACUCAAAUUGCCAUUAUCUUCAAAUUGAUAUUCCUGGUUUCGAGAAGUAUGAGGUGAUGGUGCAAUAUUUUACCUCCGGAUUUAUAAAGGUCAAAGGAGAAAAGCUGGUAAAUGAGAAUAAAACUCUUCGAUUCGAGCAGAAUUUCAAGGUUCCAAAAUCCUCAGACUCACAUGGCAUCAAAGCAAAAUUUAAAGGUGGAAUUCUCUACAUAACAAUUCCAAAGCAUAAGGUGGAAGAGAAGAAAGAACCUGAACCUGCUAGUAUAAAGGAACAAGGUGUUGUUCCAAAGCUGGACGAGCCACAAGAGAAGAAAGAACCUGAACCUACUGCCAUUAAAGAUAAAAGUAGUGCUCCAAAGUACAACGCAGAAGAGAAGAUCGCUGACAUAAAGGAUCAAGGUGCUGUACCAAAGCCCGAGGCAGAAGAUAAGAAAAAGCCUGAACUUGUUAGCAUAAAGGAUCAAGAUGUUCUUCCAAAGAAAAAGGCAGGAGAGAAGAAAGAACUUGAACCUGCUUGCAUAAAGGAUCAAGGUAUUGUUCAUAAACACGAGGCGGGAGAGAAGAAAAAACUUGAACCUGCGAAUGUAAAGGACCAAGAUGUUGUUCCAAAGCACAAGGCAGAUGAGAAGAAAGAACAUGGACUUGCUGGCACAAAGGAUCACAGUGUGAAUGGCACCACAAAAAUGAACAUACACAAAAUAAGGAAUGAAGAAGUGAAAAAGAAAGAGGACAAUAUACUUGGUAAUGGCCAGCAGGUCUACGGAAGCAAGAAGGAAGAAGGAAAGCACAGAAAUGCUCCUAUGAGUUUCUCUGAAGAUACUGUGAGGAAAUGGGAAGGUGAGCCUGGUUAUCUAAGUAGUGCAAUGGAAAUGUUGAGCCAAAACAAAGGGGUUAUCGCGACAUCCGUAUUAGCAUUCUCAUUAGGCGUCUUCAUAUGUCUGAAAAUUCGGGCUCGUCAAAAGAAUGCUCUGUAAUUUGUGUAUUGUUGCUUGUAGCUUCUUCUAUUAUCAUUGUUAUGUAACUUAUACCGCAUAAUAUAAUAAUACUGUGAU